AUGGCUUCUCACGAGAAAGAGCUCCCCGCGAUCCGCGCGUGCAUUUUCGACCUGGAUGGGCUCCUCAUCAACUCGGAGGACAUCAUCACCAAGGCCCUGAACCAGCUCCUGGAGAAAUAUGAAAGACCGACCUUUACCCCGUCAGUUCGAUCCAAGCUCAUGGGCGUGCAUGACUCGUCCAACGGAGACGUAUUCCAUGACUGGGCACGAUUGCCCAUCCCCCGCGAGCAAUGGGCUCGCGAAUCAAGAGCACAUAUGCAGCUGCUCUUUCGCGAUUGUGAGCCAAUGCCUGGCGCAGAGAAGCUCUUGUUCAACCUCAGCAGUGCGCGCAGCUCCUCUCCCGGAGACAAGAUUGAGUUGGCGCUGGCAUCCAGCACCACCAGCGACAUCUACGCUCUGAAGACCUCGAGGCCCGAGACUGAGCGCUUACUUGGCUUCUUCCAGCCCGAGAGGCGGAUUUUUGGUGAUGAUCCGCGCCUGCGCAAGGGCCGGAGAAAGCCAGCGCCAGACCUUUAUCUCCUUGCGCUGGACGUUCUGAAUUCGACGGUGGACCGCUGCGAGGAGCCCAUCAAAGCCAACGAGUGCCUGGUCUUUGAGGACAGCGCAGUCGGAGUCGAGGCUGGGAGACGGGCUGGCAUGAGGGUGAUCUGGGUGCCGCAUCCCGACGUGGCGGUCGAGUAUGAAGCAAGGCAGAAGGACAUUCUGGCCGGGAGAACGGGAUUGUUCGACGCGGGAGACGAUCAGCAGCCCGGAGAGAUUGAUGACGGCUGGGCAGAAAGCAUACCGAGUUUGGAACAGUUCAAUUACGACAAGUACGGCAUCAGUGUGCCGUCCUGA